AUGACGCGUCUCAGAUAUGAAAACGGUACGGCUUUGGAUCCCGUGGUCCAUCGAAUCUUGACCGUCCACUUGGGGCUUCCUUGGGUGAACAAAAUGGGCUUUUAUGGCCCAUUAAAGAUUUCGUUCUUUUAUCGUCCGCGAUCAUGGUUGAUCCGUCUCACCGGCAACAUCGCCUACUCUUUAGGGUUUAUACCUUCAAUGGAGAAACAGAGUCCUAAGCCAGUUUGCGGCCAAGAGGCUCUCCAACUUCUCAAUUGCGUCACGGAGUCUUCUUUCGAUCAAGAGAAAUGCCUCCGAUUCUUGCAAUCUCUCAGAGAAUGCGUUCUCUCAAAGAAAGUAAACAAGUUCUCGAUACCGAGUCAAGACCAAGACUCUGAGGGAGCAGCUUCAGCUACAACGAGACCUUCAUAACGUUCUUUGUUUCGAUUUAUUGUAAUGCCUCGGGCUCAUAAGUUGGGUCAUGUCACCUUUGUUGUCUUGUAUGUUGCAUAUUGCAGGCACUAAAGAGCAUAUAUAUUAGAAGAAAUAAAUGUUUCUACAUUUGACUUACCA